CUCAAGUGGGUACCUCGCCGCUCGACUCGGGCUGCUCAGAAAACGCCCAAAGACGCCAAGGAACAAGGCUACGAAUUGUUCCUCCAUCUCGCCCGCUGGUUCCGUGAUUCCGGCGCGCGGUACCCCUCCCUGUUCAUCAACUUUGAUCAGACACAGGUCGUGAUGGCCGACAACGCCGCCUCCACCCUUGACAUUGAGGGAUCGAAACAGAUCGCCGUCGUAGGGAAGGAGGAAAAGCGUGCCUUCACGGCCGUUGUCGGUGUCUCAGCAUCGGGAGACGUUCUCCCCACCCAGUUCAUCUUCAAGGGUGCAACCGACCGCUCCCUCCCCUCCUUGUCAGCACCUUGCAGAGCCGAGGCUUCACGCCUCGGCUUCGACUACGCGUUAAACGACACCACGUACUGGUCCGACCACGAGUCGAUGGAGCGGUAUCUAGACCAGGUUGUGGUCCCGUACCUCACUCGCGAGAAGGAGCUGAACAGCUGCCAUGACGACCAGGAGUGCGCGGUCCUCCUCGACUGCUGGUCUGUCCACCGCAGCUUGGCCUUUCGCUCCCUCGUCCACCGUCGCUGGCCCUUCCUCCGUCUUUUCUUCGUUCCCGGAGGCUGCACGGGCCUC